CAAAAAAUGGAAGACAUUAAUUAUAAAAGUAAGUGCUAUAUGUGAAUAUAAGUUGUGUUAUUGGGAGAUGCAGGAGUGGGAAAAACUUAUAUUUUGAAUUAGUAUGUAAGAGGCUAGUAACCAAAAAACAAUUUACCUACUAUUGGUAACAGAUUAUAUUAAAAUAAGGUAGGAAUUGAAUUUGCAACAAAAACUGUGACAUUAUAAGAUGGAGGAAAGAUAUAGGUUUCUAUUUGGGAUACAGCUGGAUAAGAGAGAUAUAGAGCUAUUACAACUAAUCAUUUUAGAGGAGCAAGUGGUGCUUUAUUAGUUUACGAUAUUACUAAAGAAAAAACAUUUGAAAAUUUAACUAGAUGGAUGGAAGAACUAAAAACUGCUGCUAAUAAAGAUGUUGUUAUGUUUUUGGUUGGUAAUAAAACUGAUUUGGUUGAAAGACAAACCAAUUCUAGGAAAGUCACUAAAGAAGAGGGUUAAUUAUUUGCUACUAAAAAUUAAUUAUUUUUUGAAGAGACUUCUGCAUACAGAGGAACCAAUAUUGCAUCAUGUUUUGAAAAACUAAUUGAAGGUAAUUCUAAAAUUAAAUUUUAUAUUAGAAAUGUAUAUAAGAAAAAAUUUAUUAAUUACAUAACAAUAAUAAUCAUAAUCAUAAUCAUAAAAUACACAGUUGAAACCUAUUGAAACUCCCAUGUGUAGCAAAUGUUGA